AGAGGUUGUUCUCCUUUGGCGGCAGCUGUACGUUCGGCAUCGCGGCUGGCGAGAAGGCUGGGUGCCCGCGCGCUCCGUUUCGCGGGAUGGGCACCGGGACAAGCCGCGGCUAAGAGUCGAGCUGCGGGUGACGGCUUAUUGUUAGGCACACGCAAGGACUACUCUUCUGGAGAAGAGUCGAGACGGAGGAGGAGGCGGGAUCAAGCGCUAAGCCGGAAGGGGUGAACCCGGCAGUGAAGGUGAUCCGGUGCCUGUCGGGCUGAAACGUAGUGGACUACAGAAGGUUCUGACCUCCGAAACUUGGAAAACACGAAGAAGUAGAAAAAAAAAAGGAAGCAAAAGGAAUCGAUAAUCCCACAACUAGAGAUCAUCUUAUUAACAUUUUGGAUCUCAGCUAAAAGGGAAGCACCUUCGAAGAGUGAUUGCAUAGUUGGGAAUGAAAAGCACUGAAGUCUGAACAGAUGCUGAAAUGAAUCGUCACCUGUUUGUUUGGCUUUUUAGACAUCCGUGUCUUAAUGGUCACCACCAGUGCCAUGUCCAUCUCCAUUCUCAUCAACUUACACAGAUACCUCUUGACACAAGGCUGUGGGUUUUUAGACGAAACAAGCAUCACAUUCUCCAUUGUCUGUUAAGGGAGAAUUGGUCCAGGAGAGAUUGCCAUCAAGAUACCAGGAUGAUCUGGAAGCAUAAAGCACUACAGAAAUAUAUGGAGGACCUGAAUAAGGAGUACCAAACCCUUGAUCAUUGUUUGCAGCAUAUCUCUGUGAGUGAAGGGGACCGGAGGUCCUUGAAUCAACGGCAUGCUGAGCUGGCGCCGCUUGCAGUCAUUUACAAAGAAAUUCAGGAGGCUGAACAAGCCAUUGAAGAAUUAGAAUCCAUGUGUAAAAGUCUAAAUAAACAAGAUGAAAAGCAGUUACAAGAACUUGCUUUGGAAGAGAGGCAAACCAUUCUUCAGAAAAUCAACAUGUUAUACAGUGAGCUUCUCCAGAGUCUAGUGCCAAAGGAGAAAUAUGACAAAAAUGAUGUUAUUUUAGAGGUGACAUCUGGAAGAACUACUGGAGGUGAUAUCUGCCAACAAUUUACCCGGGAAAUAUUUGAUAUGUACCAGAAUUAUUCAAGCUACAAACACUGGAAAUUUGAACUUCUGAAUUAUACACCAGCUGAUUAUGGUGGACUACAUCAUGCAGCCGCCCGAAUUUCCGGUGACAGUGUCUAUAAGCAUUUGAAGUAUGAAGGUGGGAUUCACCGAGUUCAGCGAAUCCCUGAGGUGGGCCUGUCGUCAAGGAUGCAGCGUAUUCACACGGGAACGAUGUCGGUUAUCGUCCUCCCUCAACCAGAUGAGGUAGAUGUGAAAGUGGACCCCAAGGAUUUACGAAUAGAUACAUUUCGAGCCAAAGGAGCAGGAGGGCAGCAUGUUAAUACAACUGAUAGUGCUGUCAGACUUGUCCAUGUCCCCACAGGACUUGUAGUAGAAUGCCAACAAGAACGAUCACAGAUAAAAAAUAAAGAAAUAGCUUUGCGUGUGUUGAGAGCUAGACUCUACCAGCAGAUUAUUGAAAAAGACAAGUGUCAACAACGAAGUGUGAGAAAACUGCAGGUGGGAACAAGAGCCCAGUCAGAGAGAAUUCGGACAUAUAAUUUCACCCAGGAUAGAGUCACUGACCACAGGAUAGCAUAUGAAGUUCGUAAUAUUAAGGUAAUAUCAGAAUUUUUAUGUGGGGAGAAGUGCCUGGAUCAGCUAAUUCAGAGAUUGCUUCAAUCAGCGGAUGAAGAAACCAUUAAUGAAUUUUUGGAUGAAAACCUUAAAUCAGCAAAAUAAAUACUGAUUUAUAAUUUAUUAUUAUAUAAAUGAAAUGGACCUAUGUCAAGAAGCAGACCGAGGUAGGGAAAUCUUUAUGAAAGUUGAUAAAGAGCAGCUAAAAAUACAUGGUACUCACAAAAAUAUUUUUUAAUGAAUCCAGUCACAUUUCUUGACCUAAGUUUAUUUAGGUUUCCUGUAAAGUACAAUCCAGCUCUUCAAGUAGAAACAAAGCAUGCAUUGUUGAAAAGAGAAAUAAAGUAUUGAGAAUUGACUAUGUGAUGUAGGACAGAUCACUUGUUCUCUUUAUACGCCUUUUUUUAACCAUCUAUAAAUUAAUUUAAACACAUUUCACGUCUGUUACUUCAGGACUUGGCCUGUGGUAAAAUUUAGUGAUAUAAAUUUAUAAACUUGUUUAUAAACUCCUAUUUAAAGACAAAGUACUAUUAAUCAUGUUAAAGUUAGGACCUAAACUGCUACUUUUAAAUAAAAAAGUAAAAGUUGUGAAGAAUAUGAGUUGAUAACAAUGAGCAUCUCUAGGAUACAGAUGGUAGAGCUCUUGGAGAGCUGAAUGAACUCUGUAGUGUACAAACUACAAGUCAAUAUUUAAAGCAGACUCUCUGCUUGGAUUCUAUUUCUUAUUGUUCUUUGACUUAACACACAUCAACAGAUGUGGUGUAAUAUGAGUAAUUCACUGAGGUCGGUUUUGUGCCGUGAUAUAUAAAACCUAGUCCUUAACCUUACAGAACUUCCAACUGAGCGGGGAGCCAAAAUGUAAGUCACCAACUCUAAUUCGGAGUGGCAUGCUGUAUUUAGUAAUUUUUCUCGGGAAGUUUCUUGAGUAAAAAUGAGAGCGGUUGUUAUUUUAGACAGUUCCUCAGAGAGGAACUGUAUGCCAGGAAAGACUAAUUAAAAUAGAGUUUUAAGACCAAUUGAAUUAUUUGGAGGUAAAGAUGAGAGA